GAAAGAAAUAAAGUAAUGAAGAAAACUAGAAAUGUUGCUUCUUCUCCUAUUGAAUGUGUCCACCUCCAGACCAAACCCACCACCACUCUUGUUCGGUCUUUCUUCUUCUUCCUCUUCAACUCUCAAACAAUCUCUUCCUUUAUCAUCUUCUAUCUCUUCCUCUGUUCCUUCUUCUGGUUUUGCCAAUCACCAAACCUGACUAACCCUUCUCCUCCUCCUCUCUCCGUCGCUCCCCUUCGCGGGGAUGCCAAUUCUCCACCGCCGGAAUCUUCUUCUUCUCCGGCGACGAAAUCUUCUUUAAUGAUUUCUUCUAGAGAUCCCAAUGCCCUCUUUAGCGGCGGUGGAAUCAGCUUUUUAGCAGGAGUUAGAACUGUGAAGUUUAGUUAUGGUUAUUCUAGUCUUAAAGGUAAAAGAGCAACAAUGGAGGAUUACUUCGAAACUAGAAUCUCUGAUGUUAAUGGACAAAUGGUUGCUUUCUUUGGUGUCUUUGAUGGUCAUGGUGGAGCAAGAACUGCAGAAUAUCUUAAAAACAAUCUUUUCAAGAAUUUAGUUAGUCAUGAUGAUUUUAUCUCAGACACUAAGAAAGCUAUUGUUGAAGUUUUUAAGCAGACAGAUGAAGAGUAUCUUAUUGAAGAGGCAGGACAACCGAAGAAUGCUGGCUCGACUGCUGCGACUGCUUUUCUUAUAGGUGAUAAGUUGAUUGUUGCUAACGUUGGUGAUUCUAGAGUUGUAGCGUCAAGAAAUGGUUCAGCUGUUCCACUCUCUGAUGAUCAUAAACCUGAUAGAUCAGAUGAGCGACAACGGAUUGAAGAUGCUGGUGGCUUUAUUAUUUGGGCUGGAACAUGGCGAGUUGGUGGAAUUCUUGCGGUCUCUCGGGCUUUUGGAGAUAAGCAACUUAAGCCAUAUGUGAUUGCGGAGCCAGAAAUUCAGGAGGAGGAUAUAAGCACAUUGGAGUUUAUUGUUGUUGCUAGUGAUGGACUGUGGAAUGUGUUGUCAAACAAGGAUGCCGUGGCAAUAGUACGAGACAUUUCAGAUGCGGAAACAGCAGCAAGAAAGCUUGUGCAAGAAGGUUACGCACGGGGUAGCUGCGACAAUAUCACUUGCAUUGUUGUACGAUUCGAGGUUUCUUGAGCAAGAACCAAAUUCAUAUUGUUCUUGUUCUAUGAAUGUACCAUCUUCAGCUGUUGAAUACACUAACAUAUUUGGGUUAUACAAUUUUAUAAAAGAAAGAUAUAUUUAUGAGACUCUA